AUGCUUGCGUGGUUUGAUUCUCUGGGUAGAAAUCCCGCUAACAGAGAACCACUGAUCAAGAUACCGCCGUCUGAUCCUCCACCAAUUGACCCAAGCUCACUCAUGUCCUCGCUGGGAUAUGAUCCCCCUAAUCCCACGCAUGCUACCAGCAAGCCUCCCGGAAACAGCCAUCAAGAACGGUCAGUCUAUUUGCCAGACUUGUUUUGCUCAAUCAUGGCCGCCAAGCCAACCAUCAACCCAAAUUAUUCUCAUGUGAAGUCCAAAGGCAAUCCCCUUAUUGUCAAUGCUCUCCAGGCAGAUGAUAAAUACGCGGCAAAGCUUUCCGAAAUCGACUUUGCUUACCUCACUGCUAUAUGGGCACCAUCCUGCGGCGAGGAUGCCUUCCAAGUGCUAGUAGACUGGAGCACAUGGAUCUUUCUUUUUGAUGACCAAUUCGACGAGGGUCAUCUCAAGGAUAAUCCGAUUGCAGCGGAAGAAGAAAUUGGCAAGAUUAUAGCAAUCAUGAAUGGAACACGGUGCUCGGUUUCGAUGUACGAAGAUCCACUUGGGUUUAUAUUUCAGACGGUCUGGGACCGUAUAGCAAAGUCUGCAUCUCACGCCACACAGCAGCGGUUGAAAGACGCACACGAAGAUUUCUUUUGCGGACAACUUCAACAGGUCCGUGCUACAGGUGGCUUACGCAUAGGUCCGCGCGAUGUGGAUAAAUACUUGGAACUGCGGAGGAAGAAUGUUGGUGUAUACUCAGCCUUCGCCUGCUGCGAAGCCAUUCUCGGCAUUGACCUUCCGCAAAACGUUCAGACCCAUCCAUCCCUUCAGGAGUUGAGCUAUCUCUCAACAGAAAUGGUUAUCCUCAAGAAGGAACUGACUACAACCUAA